CGUUUACUACUCCCAGCCUGAAACGCUGCGAUUAGAGAAACUUCUCACGCGUGUGAAGAGCUUGUGAGGUCGUUUUCAGACGCAUAUGCGGUGAAAAGUUCGGGCUAAACGUUUAAAUACGGAGCUGCUGCCCUGAACGCGGAGAACGAAGCAGCCGCUGUAGCGCUUUAGCGGAGCAGAGAGGCAGGAUGGUGUUUUACUGCUGCGCCUACAACUGUAAAAACAACACGAAGGACAAGAGCCUCGCUUUUCACAGCUUCCCUCUGAAAAACCCUGAGCUGCUUAAAAAGUGGCUGAGGAACAUCAGAUGGAAAGACUGGACCCCAGAGCCUCACAGUAGAAUCUGCUCCAGUCACUUCGAGAGAAGGUGCUACAGUCUCAUCAGUGGCCCCAGACGAAGACUUCACACCUGGGCGGUUCCCACCAUCUUCUCCUUUCCUGACCAUCUGCAGAACAGAAAGAGGAAAAUUGACCCCAGGAGUAGAAGAGCAUUGAGAACCAUUGAUGAGUCUGUCCUGGAUCUGCCUUCAAAACGAUCAUUGCACUCCAGCACAGUCCUCAGUCCAGAACCUCAACCCUCUACGAGUAUUACUGUACGGCAGUCUCGACCAUCAGAGGAGUCCGGCUCACAGAACCCUGCAGAGCUUGGAACACCACAGGAGCCCAUUCAGACACCUCAAACUCCAAAUUCCAGUCAAAGCCCAGUGGAACCAGAUAAGAGGCCGUCUCCCUCAUGGACAAUUCUAGGAGAUGAAUCACUGGACAGAAGUAUGACCAUCCCCAGCUUCUUCCACAGUGGCUACUGUCUGCCCAGGAGCUUUCACUGGGAUGGAGAUGAUGAAUUAAAUAUUAUGCCACAUGUGGUUUCUGGAAUCACAGGACAAACAAAACCCCGAAUUAUUGAGGUUACUGAGAGAUGGGAUUGGCUUGGUCUGGAUAUAAGAGGUCCGUUUCCCAUCACAUCUCACAAGCAUACGCAUAUCAUGACUCUGACGGAUUACUACUCCAAAUGGGUGGAAGUUUUCCCACUGACGCAGAACAAAAUCCGUGACGCGGCAGUGUGUUUGGCGGAAGUGAUUUUCCAGCUGGGAUUCCCACUGGGAGUCCUGUCCAGGCUACCUAAGCACCUCCUCUUAGAGAUUAAUCGUGAGCUGAAAAAACAACUAAACGUGAAUACGAGCUCACUGGUCCUCCACCAUCGCCAGACCGGAUACCUGGACCUGGUCACGGAGUCGCUCCUUAAUGAGCUAGUGGUUAAGCUGGUGGAGGAGUACCCUCGCUCCUGGGACAUCCAACUGCCUGUUGCCUCUCUGCGUCUGUCCUGCACACAGCAUCCCACCACCGGGAAAAAGCCUUUUACAGUGAUGUACAGCAAAAGCCUCCCAGCCUUCAUUGCACCCAGAGAACUGCCUUGCAGCGCUCCUGAUAUUCGCCUGAGUUCCUUCAUCAUUCCACACAUUGAAGCCAGCAAAAGGAGCAACAAGGAAGAAACCCCCAGUGCUCUGCCAGAUCAGAGGUGAAUACAGACGAUGCUGAAGGACAUGCUGUCGCUGUCAAAUCCAGAAAAGGUGUGAAAGGGCUGCCUCAGUUUCUGUUCUGUUUGUUUCCAGUUGGAGACAAAAGCAAUUGAACAGGCAGAUCCUACUGAGACAUGAUCACACACUGGGGCACAUCUGCGCUGUGGAACCAUCUGAAAUUUGUUGGAAAAGUUUUCGGAACGUUUCUUCACAGCAGUUUGAUUUCUGUUAAAGAAGCUUAGUGUGCUGUUAUCAGAUCGUUAAACUCAAUAAAAUGUUCACUCUGCUUCUGAUA